AUGUCGUUCGGCGGCGUGCCCUCGGGCCUUUCUCACCGAGCCUCCUUGUCCGGUGCACCGUCAGUGUCCAGCGGUGGCCUAGACGGGGCGGCCAACGGCAAGAAGGUGCCCUUCCCCAAGUCCAACAUCGAGGUCAACCUUAAGAACCACUUCGGCUCCAAGAUCUACACAUCCGGCUCGCCCCUCUCGGGAGAUGUGACCAUCACCACCAAGCGGGACGUGCGCUUCGACUCGAUCCAGAUUCUCCUCGUCGGGAGCACCCAGACAAAAACGGACGGCCUAAACUCGCUCAACCUAGUCACCCACACCUUCCUCAAGCUCGUCAUGCCCAUCCCGGAGUCAACUUACCCGGUCCCGAGAGUGCUGGAGACUGGACAGACCAUCACGAUUCCCUUCAACUUUGUCAUACCCAACCACCUGACCAUAAGCGCCUGCAACCACGAGAGACUGUCUGGUCAGCUACAGGACCAGCAUCUCCUGCUACCCCCGAGCUUGGGCGGCUGGGACAAGGACGACAUGUCUCCCAUCAUGGCUCGCAUCGAUUACUCCAUUAAAGCUAGGGUUCUCCGCCAAGCCGAUGUGGGCUCCAAGAUGGUAAGGAUCAUGGAGGCUACGCAACCUAUCCGCGUCCUCCCAGCUUCCGCCGAGGACCCGCCCCUCAACAUCUCGGCCGCAGACAAGCUGUACAAGAUGACCAAGUCAAAGACGGUGCGCAAGAAUCUCAUGGCAACAAGGGUGGGUCAGUUGACCGCCGAGGCCCUGCAGCCCAGCGCCGCCCUUCUCCAGUCGAAUGGACUUGGUAUUGCUUCUCACCCCUUAGCUCAGGUCAGCCUGACCUUUGAGCCCACGUCGGCCGACGUGGCCUCGCCGAGAGUCACGGGCGUCUCGGGCAAGAUUAUCUCCCACACCUUCUACAGCUCCGGGACCAUCGCCAGCUUUCCAAACCUAGGAACCUGGUCUCAGCCGUUCGAUGUCGAAAGGCGCGGCGUGUACUCGGCCUCAACUCCGCUACCUUCGAUGAAGGUCAGCCACACACCAUGGGCUCAGCGUCCCUUCGCCGCUGCCGUCAGACGUGACUCGGGCUAUUCGAGCGAUGUCGACGGGAACUGCGGCCAAGAAGGCGGCUUCGACAACGGGAAGAAGUCGUCGAAGGCCGCCUCGACAUCUCCCAUCUACCACACAACAACACUCGAGAUACCCUUCAAGCUGCCUUCGGACAAGAAGAUGUUCAUUCCCACUUUCCACUCGUGUUUAGCCUCACGCGUCUACACCCUGCAGCUCUCGCUCGACGUGACCAUAGGAUCGACUAGGAGCAACGUUAGCCUCACGAUGCCUCUGCAGGUCGGCAUCGAGUACUCGACUCCGGAACAGCACGGCGUCAGUCUCCCAAGCUUUGAGACGGCUGUGGCCGAGGCCGAGGCGGACGCCCACCUUCAACCGCGUGUCAUCCGGGUGCCCGAGUACGAGUUCAACAGGGAUAGCAGCGCGCUGCCCGGCUACGGGACUCGAUGA